AUGGACCAAUCAUUACAUUCAAAGUCGUCAUCCUCGCCCGCAAACAAUCAUUCGAAUCAUGAUGACAGCAACAACAACAACAACAACAAUAACCACAGUAGUAGCACAGGUAGUAGUAGUAACAGUAGUAGUGGAACACAAUCAAUACAGCACAGUGUUGAGAAUAGCACAUCAACAAGCAAAGUGAACUCUCCAAAUGAUUGUUUAACUCCAUCACUACAAUCAAACAAGUUGUUACCUAUUGUGGUCGACAACAGCAACAACAACAACAAUCACAACAAUGUCCAACAACAACGUGUAAAUAUCAACAGUGUAGAACUAAGUAACAACAACAACAACAACAACAACAACAGUACAACAACAACAACAACAACAAACAACAUUGUUCUCGACCAAUCCAUCAACAUUAUCAACAAUAAUAUAACCUUGACGAGCAGUGGAACACAGAUUACAUUGUGUGAGAUGUGCAGUCAACAUGUACUCUCGAGACCGCCAAGUAGUAGCGGGUUUACCACGAUCGAUCAAAUAUAUCUAAACACAAGCGGCACGACAACGUGCACGCCGGGCAGCAUCAGCAGCAGCCGCCUGAGCACUGUAAAUUCAACGACACCAACGCCAACGCCCACGCCGACACCCGCCGCAGCAGCCGGCGACACGACCUCGGCGCGCUGCGACUCUGCCGAGGAGGUGGCCCGUGUGUUCCAGCAAUUCCAGAUCAACAACCAACUAAUGAACCAACAGAUAGAGGCCAACGACGGCACGCCUCGCGAAUCACCACUGUAUCACUUCCGUACUGGCACUGGCACUGGCAACACAUUGGCAGGCUGGAAUGGAAUGGCAAUGAAUCAUCCCAAUGGCAUUGUUGGCAGCAGUACAAGUACCACAGCCACCAACACUGGUCUACAACUGUCGAUAUCCUCGCCAUCGAUCAUCACACCAACGACCAACCGACUGCACAAUUGCCAGUCGCCUCCAGUCAAUCCGCUUCCAUCCAUGCUGCACUCUUCCAUUGGCAGCACGGCAGACUUUUUCAACAAGUCACUGCUCAGCACGUUCCUUUCGUCGACGCCAUCGUGCACGCCAAAGAGCAUGGUUGGCGGCAAAGACCUCUCAUACGACACAAAGGACUCAUUCACCAUCAACAUCACCAACAGCGACUUGAACUCAAUCCUCUCGGACAACAGCAGCACAAGUAGUGGAUUCCAGCGACUGAGGCAGUCGGGCAGCAGCGGCAACAGCAAGCAGCCUGUGACACAGAGUGCCCAGCAGCAGACUGAUGCCAGUAACAGUAGUAACGAUAGCAUAUCACAGUACAAUAACAACAACAACAACAAGGACAUUACUUUCAUGCAAGGAGAUCAAGAGAGUGUGAAAGAGAAGUCCAGCGUAUCCACUGCAUCGUUCAACUCCUCAGGCACGCGUCCACACUAUCAACGUCCUCGCGGAAGGUCCAUCUCCGACUCACUCUAUCUCUCGCCAAACAGCAGGGAUUGUAUAAACGAUAUUCAGAGGGCAUUGGAAAAUGAAAAGAUCAAGAGGAAUAGAUAUAACGAGCUCAAGGAGAUGUUAAAGGAUAAGACGGACAUCAUUGAGAUCAACGAUAUACAGUUUGUACAAAAGGUUGGUGAGGGAGCGUUCAGUGAGGUCUGGGAAGGAUGGUGGAACGGCAUCCACGUGGCGAUAAAGAAGCUAAAGAUGAUUGGCGACGAGGAGCAGUUCAAGGAGCGCUUCUUGCGCGAGGUCGAGAACCUCAAGAAGGGCGCCAAUCACCAGAACAUCGUAAUGUUUGUUGGCGCAUGCUAUAAACCGGCCUGCAUCAUCACAGAGUACAUGAGCGGUGGCAGCCUGUACAGUGUGCUUCACAAUCCCAACACUCAGCCCAAGACAAAGUACACAUUCCCGCUGGUGCUCAAGAUGGCCAUGGACGUCGCUCUUGGUCUCAUGUAUCUGCACUCGCUCAACAUUGUGCACCGCGACCUUACCUCACAGAACAUCCUGCUUGACGAGUAUGGCAACCUCAAGAUAUCAGACUUUGGACUGUCACGCGAGAAGCCAACGGAUGGAUCGAUGGCCAUGACAAACGGAGGCAUCUGCAAUCCUCGUUGGCGUCCGCCCGAGAUCACAAAGAACCUCGGCCACUACUCUGAGAAGCUGGACGUAUUUUGUUUCUCACUGGUGGUUUGGGAGCUUCUGACUAGCGAGAUACCAUUUGCCGAUCUUGACGGAUCCCAGGCUUCAGCGCAGGUGGCUUAUGCAGGCCUUCGUCCGCCCAUUCCCGAAACGGUGGACCGCGAGUUUGCUGCACUUCUCGUGCAAUGCUGGGCCACUGAACCUGAUGAGCGCCCUGCAUUCACAAACAUUGUCGCCAAGCUCAAGGAGAUCAGUUGGAACAACCCAAUAGGCUUUGUGUCGGACCAGCUGAGAGACUCGAGCGAGGCAUCCACGCCUCGUUCUCUGUCACCCAUCCAGCUCCAACAUCAUGUUACCAAGAGUAAUCCCAGCACAUCAUUUGCCCCAUCGUCGUCGUCCCAACAACAACCGCAAUAA